CAGCAACCAAACACACGUACUCAAUCAAAGACGUAUAUAAACUUAACAAUUUUACACGAUGGCAGAAGCGUCAAGCGAGAACUUUGUGUUCCCUUCAGAACCAUUGCUUCUAGCAGGGGAAGUGACCAAGGGCUUUGGCCGUGGUAGUAAAGACUUGGGAUGUCCAACUGCAAACUUACCUCAGUCAGAAGUUGACAAGAUCCAGAAUAGCUAUCCCACAGGGGUGUAUUGGGGGUGGGCUACACUCGAUGACAAAGAGCCGGUAUAUCCUAUGGUGAUGAGUAUCGGAUAUAACCCAUUCUAUGAUAACAAGACUAAGACAGCUGAGGUGCAUAUAUUGCACGAUUUUGAUGGGGACUUCUAUGGGGAGAUGCUGAGGAUUGCUAUACUAGGAUUUUGGCGCGGUAUGAAGAACUACGAGGGCGUGGACGCGCUGAUUGCGGAUAUCGAGAACGAUAAGAAAGUGGCGCGAGAAGAGCUUGCCAAGCCAGAGAAUACCUCUCGGAAGCAUCUUGCAUUGCCUUAAGAGUAUGUAUCAUUGGUAACGUCAAUACACACAUUUUUUAACACCA